AUGCCGAAAAUUUUAUAUUUAAUUAAAAUUCAUAAAAUACAGUUAACUACAACAAAAAUGGUCGAAGAAUCUUUUGACUGUGAAUUUGACCGUUAUAUUCCUGAUCCAAGUAAACUUGGAGAUGGAAGUCAAAGAGAGGGGCAAAAACGAGUUUUUGAAUUAAAAGAUGGCGCAACACUGUCAAAUUGUAUAAUUGGGAUAAAAGCUGGCGCUAAAGGCUCUGCUGACGGAAUUAGAUGUAUGGGCAGCUGUAAUAUAAACAAUGUUUGGUCUGAGGCUGUCGGGGAAGACGCUAUUACUUUUUAUGGUAAAAAUAAAAAUUCAAUUUAUCGCGUAAAUGGCGGUGGUGCCCGAAAUGCAAAAGAUAAAGUUUUUCAAUUUGAUGGAAUGGGAACUGCAUUUAUUGAAGAUUAUUAUGUAGAAAAUUAUGUCCGCCUAUUUCGUUGUUGUGGAAAUUGUAAAACACAAUAUCAACGUCAUGUAGUCAUUUCUAAUCUGACAGCAAUUAAUGGCACUCCUGGCCAAUUUAUUGUCGGAAUAAAUUCAAAUUAUGGAGAUACUGCCAAAUUAAGUGGAAUUAAAUAUAACACUCCUGGUGUUCAUAUUUGUAAACGUUUUAACGGGGUUACUGGUGGUGAGGCAAAAUCUAGCGGAACUGGGCCUGAUGGAAAGAAUUGUCUGUAUAAUGAGAAAGAUGUUACUUUAAUUAAAAAAUAA